ACUCCCACUUCAACGGGGGAGUUUGGGACUUAAAAAUCAAGCUAUUCAUAUUCCUCUUUUUUGUUUCAUGGAUAUAUCCCGGCUAGCCAUGACCAGCGCCGCUCACUCCUCUCCCAAGACAUUAAGCAAGAUAGCAUGCAAUCGACUCCAAAAAGAGUUAGUGGAGUGGCAAGUUAAUCCCCCUGCUGGUUUCAACCUUAAACCCUCCGAUAAUCUUCAAAGGUGGGUGAUUGACGUGAAUGGUGCUCCUGGAACGCUAUAUGCUAAUGAAACUUAUCAGCUGCAAGUUGAUUUCCCAGAACAUUAUCCUAUGGAAGCUCCCCAGGUGAUAUUUGUGCCUCCAGCUCCCAUGCACCCUCAUAUCUAUAGCAACGGGCACAUCUGUUUAG